AUGGACCUGUUCCCCGCCGCCUGCGAGAACUUUGAGCCGGUCAUCAACACGCAGAAGGCGGUGGUGAUGCACCAACCGCCACCCAACUCGGCCACAUCCCCCAAUGGAACCCAACUGCAGGUGGUGAAGAACUUUCCAUACCUCGGCAGUACUCUCUCCUGCAACACCAAGAUCGACGGCGAAGUCGCCAACAGAAUCUCGAAAGCCAGGCAAGCCUUCGGUCGCCUCCAAAGCACAGUCUGGAAUCGCCACGGUCUCCAACUGAGCACAAAGCUGAAGAGGUACAAGGCCGUCAUCCUGCCGACGCUACUGUAUGGAGCGGAGACUUAGACGGUGUACGCAAAGCAGGCACGUCGUCUGAACCACUUCCACCUCAGUUGUCUUCGUCGCAUCCUGAGGCUAAAGUGGCAGGAUCGAAUCCCCCACACUGAUGUGCUGGAACGGACGGGAAUCGUCAGCAUCUACACCAUGUUGAGACAAAUUCAGCUGCACUGGAGCGGCCAGCUGGUACGCAUGGACGACGAGCGACUACCCAAACGACUCUUCUACGGAGACGUCGCGACGGUUUCUAGCCGUCAAGGAGGCCAGAUUCGCCGUUACAAGGAUAACCUGAAGUCCUCCCUGAAAUGCCUGCAAAUCAAUCCCCCCAACUGGGAGGAGCUCGCACUCUAUCGACCGACCUGGAGGUGGACAGUGAAGACAGGCGCUGCGAUCUACGAAGCCAACAGCAUUACUGCCGCCAAAGCGAAACGCGAAGCCCGCAAAUCACAACUUCGCCCCGUACGCAACGCCGCCGCACAACCGCUUCCAACGUGUCCUCGAUGUCAAUGGACAUUCCGGGCUCGAAUCGUACUUGUUGGACAUCUUCGAAUUAACUGUGCCUCUCGAACGGCACCAACCAUCGUCCUCCCGCCCGCCUCUUCCUCCACCUCUCGCCGCCAACUAAUUCUGACAAUUCUUCUGACCCACCACUUCCAUCAUCCCCCUCCUCCUCCUCCUCCUUCUCCUCCUCCUCCUCCUCCUCCUCGCCCUCUGCUCCAACGGCGGCCGCUCAGGCGACUGUCCCGCGCGCAACAACCGACACUACCACCACCUCCCACGACUUCAGCGAUGAGGAUCAGGACUACACCUGCCCUCACUGCGACCGUACCUUCACCUCACACAUCGGCCUUGUCGGUCACUUGCGAAUCCAUCGCACAGAGACUGGCGAACCAGUGCUUGAAACGCCAACCUACACUUAAAGCACUCGCCUCCACUGCCCACACUGACCUCGCACCUUCAGGCAUCGCAUGGGCCUUUUCGGCCACAUGCGCAUCCACGAGAACGGCCUUGACCGCACUGCCGACACACCCACCACAUACAACACAUCUACCGUGCACAUCCCCACCCUCGCUCCAUCCGUCCGCGCCACCACCACCACCACCACCGCAUUCUCUGUAG